CAACAGUGGACCACGUGACAUCUUGGCAAGUAGUUUCCUAAUUCCGUAGAAGCUGAUUUCCUGCAAGUAUUUUGCAACCAAAAGUACAGAAAGCAAGUGGCAAGCACUAUACAGAGAAAGAGUAUGGAGGUUAAAGAUGCUGGAAAGAGACUGAAAAACAACACAGACUCUGGAAACAACAAAAGUUACCACAUGGCUAGUAAAGAAGGUCUGGUUACUCGCUUCAAGGGAGGAGAUCUCAUCCUAGAAGAUGGCAGAUUGGUCAGAGAGGAUCUGUGGGUGAGAAAUGGACGAAUACUGGAUCCGUUGCAUCUGUUUUAUGAGGAGAAGAAAAAGGCCGAUGUCGUUGUCGAUUGCUCUGGCUUGCUCAUAUCACCAGGAUUCAUUGAUAUCCAAAUAAAUGGUGCAUUUGGUGUGGACUUCUCGUCCCUAACAAAAGACAAUGUUGACAGUGGUCUCUCUCGUGUUAGCAAGGGCCUGGUGCAACAUGGAGUCACUGCAUACGUCCCCACAAUCGUCACCUCUGAAUCAGAUUACUACAAACGAGUGCUGCCUCUCUUAACUCCGCGUGCAGGUGGACGGGACGGUGCCGCUGUGCUGGGGGUCCAUUGCGAAGGGCCGUUUAUAAACAUAGAGAAAAAAGGAGCUCACGAACAAGCAUUCAUUCAACCGUCUCUCUCACCCGCCCUUCUUCAAAAUGUCUACGGCUCUCAACUGGACAACGUUCGACUGGUAACACUAGCACCUGAGCUGGAGGGGGGACUGGAGACAAUAGCGUGGUUGAAAGAGAGAAGAAACGAGAAGGAGAUCGUUGUUGCGAUUGGUCACUCUAUGGCUAAUCUGAGACAGGCUGAGGAAGCUGUGAGGAGUGGGGCCUCUCUCAUCACUCACCUCUUCAAUGCAAUGCUGCCGUUCCAUCACCGUGACCCUGGCAUAGUGGGCCUACUUACAAGCCUCAAGCUGGAGGAGAGGAGUGUCUACUAUGGUCUCAUAGCUGAUGGUCUACACACUCAUGAGACAGUUCAAAGAAUAGCCUACACUGCCUUUCCUAAAGGUGCACUUUUGGUGACUGAUGCUCUGGCUGCCAUGGGUCUCCCUGACGGUACCCACCUUCUAGGCACUCACACUGUGGAGGUGAAGGAUGGGGCAGCCAGGCUCACAGGGACCAACACACUAGCCGGAAGUAUUGCCUCAAUGGAUUUCUGUGUGAGGCACUUCAAAGAUGCAACUGGUUGCUCCCUUGGUGAGGCUGUAGUCGCAGCCACUCUUCACCCGGCCCAAGCUCUAGGUCUGGAGAAAGAACGAGGAACUCUGUCUUACCGUGCUAGGGCCGAUUUAGUUAUUCUGAACUCUAGUCUAGUUGUGCAGGCCACCUGCAUUGCAGGGGAGUUGGUCUGGUGUAGACAGGGUAGCAGGUUUAAUUAGUCAACAAACUGUCUAGUUUCUUCUCUUUACAAGGAUUUUUUAAGUUUUGCUUGUUUUGUGAUUACCUGUACGUACUUAUUAUUUAUCGUCAUGAUGACAUCAUCAUUUUUUACCCCAUGUAAACAGCAUGUUGAUCAAUGUCAAUGUCA